GGUCAGCAGGGGAUGUUGUUAUUAGCUUUAGCGAUGGACAAGAAAAAGCUAAAAUCACAAAGUUGGAUUUUAUAAAGUAAUGGGCGGCUGAGUUACAUCUGUGUUCAAAAUGGCCAAGAACAGAAAGUGCAUUCUCUGUGAGACUGUCUAUGUCUCCAGACAGGAAAUGGAGGAGCACAUGAGAAGUAUGCUGCACCACAGAGAGCUGGAGAAUCUCAAAGGACGGGACUGUGGCCAUGAGUGCAGGGUGUGUAAGAUUACCGUGGUGAGCCUAACGGACUACGCUAGCCACAUCUCCAGCCCCACGCACAAACAAAACGUGGAGGAUUUUGAACGCAUCCCGGCUCGCAACACUUCCAAUGAGGAAUACUUCGAUAAGACCCUGGUGCAGCUUAUCGAGAAGAGAAACGAGCAGAUAAGAAAAGAAAAGGAGUCAGCUGCUGCGAAGCUCGCUCAAGAAGAGGCUGAGCGAAAGCGGAAGGAGGAGUUCCAGCAGAGAUUAAAGGAAACAAAGGAGCGUUUUCGACUUGAGUUGCAACAGCAGUCCAACCUAUAUGGCCCCCAGCAAGGAUCAUGGUACAAGGGCAACCAAUAUGGCACCAACCCUGGACACAUGCAAAACGUUAGACCCUGGCAGCAGAGUAAAUGGGGGAAGAGCUCCACCUGGCAUGCACAAGAGCCCCCUACUUUCAAAAAGUUCAACAAAAUCCCACCCCCAUGGAUCAGUAAUGCAGGCAGCAGCAAUGGUGUUUAUGGGUGCAAUAACAUAUCCCAAAAUGUCCGACCUCGUAUGGGGCCACCUCCUCCUUUGUUCCCGUCCUUACCAAAGUUUUUCACAAAAGGGGUCAAUCAAUUUCACAGUCAAGCAACAAACCAAGGAGCUACACAGAAAUCUGAGCCUAAAGCUGCAGAAAAACAAAACACAGAAGCAGAGAAUCCUAACAAUAAAGGCAACAAGUCAUUUGGCAGUAACCCCAAAUUUGACAAAACGUGUCGCUGGUCGCCGUACCAUGUCAAUAAUAAAGGGUCGGAGUCCAUGCCAAAUCUUGUUCAAAAAACUCCCAAAUCACAAAAAGUAGACAAAGGAACUGAAAGCGUCAUAUCUAACCCUGACAAAAGAAAUUCAAGUGGGGAAAGUAGUAACAACAGCAGUAGAAGUAGUAGUCUUCAGAGAGAUGGUCAGAAUGCUACCACUACUACAACUACUCUUAGCCCAUCUACUCAGAGGGCUAAAAUAGCAGUGCAAAAAGCAGAGAGGAGACCUUCUGUAGGUGCAGGUCCAUGUGGUGGAGCUCAAGUCAGCAAGACAUCUACUCAAAAUAAUGAGAAGUUGAAGACAAAAAAUAGUCUAAGUGGUUUAUCAAAGUCAGAUCGGCAGCUAACUGAAACUGUGAAAAAUGUGAAACAGCUCGAAAAGAGAUGGUCCUUGGAUAGCUUAAGUAACAUUGGGCAAAAGACAACACAAGUACAGGGGCAAGAGCAAGUUGGCGUCAAUAAGGAAAAUACGAUGAGGCAGAAUCAGGCUAAGAUGUCCAUGCCUGCUUUGAGUAAACCCGCCAAGCUACCAGACCAGUCACUCCAGCAUCUUCAAGUCAGCACAUCUUCUCUUGAAAGCUCAGCCGGUCCCAGUGUGAAUGAGGAAGGUGACAAAACCAAGGUUAAUACUGAGACAGAACCAUCUGAAGAUACAUUGAUACAAUCUACCGUAGACACUGACGUCUUAAAACCCAGUGACUCACAAAUCCCAUUUCCAAAAUCCAAAAUCAACCUGUCCCCGCUCCUUAAGAAGGAUUUGACCAAACACAUGAUCCCAAACAAGGCCAAAAGUACUACUAACCUUGAACCCAAUUUGAACAUUGCGAGACGGGUCAGAAAUCUGACCGAGUCAAAGAAGAGCGACUGUGAUAAAGAUUCAGGACUGAAGCCCACCAUUCGACAGCUCAUCAGCCCCUCUGGGUCCAGACGAAAGGUGAACUGGGAACAGGUCUACCAUGAGGUCAGGAAGAAGCAGGACAAAGGGAAAGGCAUGCCAAGAUUUGGGAUAGAGAUGGUGCCAAUAGACCAAGAGGACCACAGUCAGGAAGAGGAAGACUUCACACUGCUGGAGGGCUUCCAUUGGGACUCACUGCUGGGUGCCCAGACUCCCCCCACCUCCCUGAAACGCUCCCUAUCCGAGAGUAGCAUUGCCCCAACGCCCAAUGCCCCUUUUUUGGACAAUUUAGUGAUCAAGGUCAGAGCCCCAGGAGCCUUCACAGGACUGACCUACUGCAGGAGAUUGAGAUGGGCCUGUGUGAUGCAGAGCACCACUGCACAGAGGAGGUUAGACCUCCUGCAGAGGUCGCAUUCUGUCGCUGAGGAGAGUUCUGGAACAGAGAUGUGUGAAGGACAGGGGACAUCGAAGAAGAGGAGAGCAAGAGAUGUGCCUCACCCAGAGACAUCUUCUUUGGAGCAUCACACUAAAAGGCGGAAAAAAUCAAAAAAAGUUGCAGAGCGUUCCCAUAUUAUGGAGCUGUUGGCGGUGUCAUUGCGCGAGGAUGAGCUCAGUCGGUCCCUUCUAAGUUUGGACACAGACCUGAUCAAGGCUCGGGCUGCUCUGGAGGCUGCCUAUGUGGAGGUGCAACGGCUAAUGAUAGCCAAGCAACAGGUGAAUACAGAGAUGGGCACCCUGAGAAACAAGCGUAUUGAGUUGCUUAAAGGGAUGCAAGCAGGCUGUACAGAGGAGGCCCCUGACUUUAUAGUGAAAGAGAAGAGACAAGAUGACUCAGACGUGCACCUCUCCUCCUCUGUCUCCUCCAUCACAGACCCCUCUCUGUGUGGGACCAACCCUCGCGCCUCUCCACCUGCUCCCUGUGUGCCCUUUACCCCUAUGGCCGUGAAAGAGGAGCCACGGUCCCCUGUCCACAUCAACUCUGAACAGGACUCUGCUGUCUACGCCCACAGCACCACACCAGAGCUGCCCUCCGCCGCAUCUGCAACAGAAGCGGCAUUAUACUCUCUCCCAUCUCCUGAAAGAAGGUCUGAGUUGUGCCAAAGGCGCCCAGACCAGGAGCGAGAUGAGUUUGGAGAUUCUGUUGACUCCAAGGAGAGUUUAGCUGAUCUGGUGCAAUCCAUUGAGAAGGGAAUCCAGGCAUCACAAGGCCACACCGAGCCCAACACUAAUGACAAAAUGCCUGCACCAAGCUGGAGGGACUCGGAAGUGGGCAGUUUUGUAGAAAGUACAGCUGCCCCAUCAUUUGAGACGCCCUCUGGGUUCAAUGUGCCCGCCUCUCCAUCUGAGAUGAGGAGUGUGAAGAAAGUGAGGAAGCUGAAGAAAAGGAAAUCACUGAAGAAAGCACAGAGUUCAGAGUUGCCCGAGAGCAGUGAUACAGAGAUGGAUACUGAAGCGUCUAGGCCCCGGUGCCCACGUUCCAGGAGGAGGAACAGCGGAGGGUCCCAAGUCAGUACCUCCAACCAGCAAACAGAGGAGAGGGAGGAGGAUGUCAAAAUGGAAGAGGAGGAGGAGCUGCAUAUUGAGAAAAAGGAUCCCAAGCCCUCAAAAAGCAGUGCUAAACAGCUCCGUGUGAUGCUCACUGCGGUUACAGUGAAGGCUGAACCAGAGAAGAAUGCACCGGGCUUCAGUGGUCCCACUCUGAACCCAGACUCCGCCAAACCAGAGGCCCAGAAUGUGGCCUGCUAUGAAGUCAGCUCCACAAGUGACAUGGACGUAUCACCUGCUCCAGAGAGUGAUGUUCAGGUGAGCUUCGCACUGCCAAAAAUGGGAAAGACUUCAUCAGAUGUUUCUUCUGAUCAUGGGGAGGAUGACGUCCCAACAGAGGGAUCAUUCGAGGGUCACCUGGAGGCAGUGAACUCAAUGCAGAUACACGACGGGCUGCUGUACACCUGCUCUGGGGACCGCACUGUCAGAGCCUUUGAUAUUGUGAGUCAUAAGUGCGUUGCGGUUUUUGAAGGCCAUAGCUCCAAAGUGAACGCUCUGCUGGUGUCUGCGGGUCCCUAUCUCCAUCGUCGCCUUUAUACUGGCUCCAGUGACCUGACCAUUCGCUGCUACAGCCUCACGACACAGAAGUUUGAGGAGCAGUUCUCUCUGGCCGACCGAGUCCUCUGCCUCCACAGCCGCUGGAAGAUCAUGUUCGCUGGGCUUGGCAAUGGCACAGUGGUCAACUUUAACCUCAAGACAAACAAGCAGAUGGAUGUGUUUGAGUGCCACGGGCCGAGGGCUGUGAGCUGUCUGGCCUCGUCGCAGGAGGGGGCACGGCGCCUCCUGUUGGUGGGGUCUUAUGACAACACCAUCAGUGUGAGGGAUGCCAAGAACGGGCUCCUGCUGCGGACACUGGAGGGACACAGCAAAACAGUGCUCUGUAUGAAGGUGGUGAAUGAUUUGGUGUUUAGCGGAUCUAGUGAUCAGUGUGUCUACGCUCACAAUAUUCAUUCGGGACAACUGGUGCGCACGUACAAGGGCCACAGUCAUGCCGUCUCUGUAGUGUGUGUUCAGGGGAAGGUGAUGCUGACAGCCUGCCUCGACAAACUGAUCCGAGUCUACGAUCUGCAGUCCCAUGAACAGCUGCAGGUUUAUGGUGGACACAAGGACAUGGUGAUGUGCAUGACCACCCACAAAAAUAUGAUCUACACAGGAUGUUAUGAUGGCAGUGUGCAGGCCAUCAAACUCAACCUGAUGCAGAACUAUCAUUGUCGGUGGCACGGCUGCUCGAUGGUCUUUGGGGUUUUGGAUCACCUAGAACACCAUCUGUGCAAUAACCACACCAGCCAGAACCUGCAGAUGCUGCGAUGCCGGUGGAAAAACUGUGAGGAAUUUUUCAGCGGUCGCAUCAGCUCCAAAAAGGCGAUGCUUUUGCACAUGCAGAAACACGCAGCAGAGGAGUCCCAAGUGGAGCCUUGAAGCAGAAGGGACUAAAGGUUUCCUGAUGCUCUUUGCCCCUUUACUCCUUUGUAAAACCUCCCAUAUUGGGACGGACCAGUGCUAAGACCCACCUCUUAUGGCUCAAGCCUGUAGAGUGGUGUAUCAUCUUUUUAUGUUCAAUGUUGGAAUCCAACCUUAUAACAAUAAAGAAAUGUGGGGUGGUGGGAAGAUCAUUUUAUACUAUUUUAAAUACACAUCGCCCUCGUUUUCUGUCUGACCAUACUAAGACUGACCAAACUAAGACAAAAUAUUUGACUUUUGUAAUUGAAGAAACUCUUGUGGAGCCGGUAACAAAAGGGUUUAUAUGCUUCCUGUUUCAACUAACCACAGUUCAAUAUGCUGCAUUUUGAUUGGUUGUCUAACUUAAUGGCAUGGGCUGGGAGAUGUUUUUACUGUUGUUGUGAUGUUUAAUAUUGAGCAACAUCUUUACCAUUAUGUUAUUUUUUUGUUCUUUUAAAUAUUUACUUGUUUUAUGGUUGUCUUAAUGCACCAGUUUUCAGUCAAAAUACAAAUUGUAGCAUUCUAUUACAUGUAUUGACAAGCAUCUCAUUAAUGUUGGAUGGGUCUGGCAAGAAGAAUUUUAACCAUUGAGUGUUAGGAACAUCUAUAGCGAUAUAUGAUGUUUAAGACCCCACUUUUGUUUUUCUAUUCACAGAAUUUAUUUUUUGCAUUUGUUUUUAAGUUUUAUUUUUCAAUGUUUUGCAAAUUUAGGAUUCAUCCAAUUUUAGUUUUUUUUUCUUUUCUUUUUGUUUUAUUUAUUUUCUUUGACUGUCUUGGUCUCAUCUGUUUUCCAUAGAAUUUUUAAAUCAUUUUGUUGUUGCUCACUGAUUUAAAGGCAUUGAGGGACAUUAGUGCAGUGUUGUGUGUUGAAGUGGCCUGAGAUUGCCACAUUGGAGAGUUUAUGCAGUUUGCUGUGAAACUGAACCAAGACCUGAAUGUGAUUUCGAGUAUAAUGACUUUAGAUCUGAGUGAGAGAGUCCUGUUUGUGUUACAAUAAUUCCCUGCUUGGAGAUAUGUAUGUUUUUGUUUUAUUUUUGAGAAUUGAGCAGAAGGCACCCGAUCGUUUAUGGAAAAGGCAUUUGGGGAGGUGAUUUUGAGAAGGAUGAAAAGCAUGAAGGAAAAGUAUUAGAGAGACACUGAUCAGGUGUAACAUUAUAACCAGUAAAUGGCAUUUAUAUGAACAUUUUAGCUGUUAGAAGAGAAUUUUUAAGAGUUCUAUAAUGUUGAGAUUAAAGUUUAUUGUCUCCAUCCGAAGGGACAAUUUCAAAUUUCUGAGCGAUUUGGAUCAGGAAGCCACCAUAGUGCCUUCUUCUUAUCUUGUAAUAAGUUCAUGGUCAGGAGUACCUAGCUGGAGGAUCACCCCACUAUGCACAUUUUAAGUUUAAAUAGUCAGUAAAACAAAACUAUUAUUCAAAAGUUGCUCUAGAUAGGAACAGUUGAACUAAAUGAACCAUUUUCUGGCCUUCCAUUGCUCUAAAAUAAUGCUUGAUGGUCAUAUUGUUGUGCCGAAUCGGUGUAUAACCCAUGCCAUACCUCACCCACUAAAAUAUAAUGCAUUUGAGCCAUUUUUCUUUUCAGUGUAACUUUUAACUGGUGCUCUUCGUUGCAUAUCUGGUUGCAUUUUUUUGGGUUGGUCCUCUUCAUUUUAUAGAGGACUUGAUUUUGCAGCAAACAUUUUCCACUUUUUACAGUUUUAAAACAAAGGAAAGCAUAUUGUUCCUGUCUAACCAGGCAUUCCCGAGUUUCUUCAACAUGUUAUUCUGUUAUUCUAAAAAAAAAAAUGUAAACUGCUUUUUUUUAAGAAACGUGCAAUCAAAGUUAUUAAAAUGUUCAAACCCAA